AUGAUUUCUUUCCCUUUGAGCAUUUCAGGAUUACAGAGAAUGAAACCCUCUACUAAUUAUAGCAUCUAAUUGAUGGAAAAUGGAUUCUAAACCUUAGAGGAGAUUAAGUAGGACUAUUAUAACUUUCUAACAACCAAACAAUUUUUGGUUGGAAGGGAUAAUAGGUUUCAAAUCUGUAAGAAUACAGAAUCUGGAAAAAUUCAAUUCUUUUGGUUUCGACUUGAACAAAAAUUCACAGCUUUCAAGAAAAUUCACAAUUUUGAUAAAGUAACAAAAAUUGAAUUUGCUAAUUAUGAAGAGCUCAAAGAAGAUGUCAGAUAAGAAAUCGGAUUUAUCUUACCAGACAGGAAUUUAAUCAGAUGA